GUGUCCGCCAUCUUCGCACGCGUAUCUACGGAUUGAGGGCGGGCUGAUUAAUUUCGUUAUUUUGACAACAAUCACAUGCACGUGUCAAUGUAAAUAGUGUGCAUUAUGAGUCAGUAUAUUCAGGUCGCCGAGGAGGAGGGUGACGAACCAAUGGAAGUACCAAGCGAAGACGAUGGAACACUCCUCCUCACAACUUUAGCUGCACAAUUUCCUGGAUCUUGUGGUUUGAAAUAUCGGAAUCCAGAUACUGGCUCAAUGCGAGGAAUUCGCCUCUCCGAUGGACGGUUGUAUCCCCCUGAUGGUAACUGGGCACGUAAUUUAUACAUUGCCGUCUUCCCCAAAGGAGAUAAUAGGAAAAAAGUGGAAGAAGUACCCGAAAGUUUGUCCCUUAUCAGUAAAAAGAAAGAAAAAAUGAAAUGUAGUGAUUUGAUAGUACUUGGUUUGCCCUGGAAAAGUACAGAGGAAGAUCUCAGAAAAUAUUUCAGCCAGUUUGGUGAAUUAUUGAUGGUUCAGGUAAAAAAGGAUAUAAAGACUGGUCACUCGAAAGGAUUUGGUUUUGUUCGUUUUGUUGACUAUGAUGCGCAAGUACAAUGCAUCUCUCAAAGACAUAUGAUUGACGGGCGUUGGUGUGAUGUGAGAAUACCCAACUCUAAGGUAAGUUUGGAGGGUAAUCAUAACUUGAUGAAUCGUAAAGUGUUUGUUGGAAGAUGUACUGAUGAUAUGACUGCUGAAGACCUCCGAUGUUAUUUUAGUAAAUUUGGUGAGGUGGUAGAUGUUUUUAUACCGAAACCUUUUAGAGCUUUUGCCUUUGUUACUUUCUCGGAUUCAGACACCGCCCAAACCCUGUGUGGAGAAGACCACAUCAUAAAAGGAGCCAGUGUUCACAUCAGUAGUGCUGCACCAAAGAACAAUGAUAAACAUCUGGACAGACGUGUGAUGAACCACACCCAUCUGAGUUUAAAUCCCACGUAUAAUCAAACGUCAUGGUCUCAUCCUUCUCGCGCUGGUAGUCAAGGUCUAGGAAGUCAAGCCAAUAUGGGUGGAAAUUUGUCUAAUAAUCUAGGUUUAGGUAAUCUAGGAUUGGGAGCGUUACAACUGAACCAUGCCAUGAUAGCUGCAGCUCAAGCUGUCCUUAGUAGUCAAGGUGGAUGGGGUCCAUUAGGGCUGACCAAUCAAGGAGGGGCAAGCUCCACAGAAAACCCAACCACCAACGCCUCCACCACAAGCUUUAGUAAUGUCACAAAUGGCACCAUGGUUAGUAGUCCUGUGGGAAACCACAAUGGUACACCCAGUAGUGGGGUUUCAGGAGGAUUUUUGGGAUGGGGAGGGCAACCACAAGUGACAGAGGUCUCUUCUCAUAGUCCAGGUCAUGUGAGUGGAUGGGGAACGCAGAGUAAAACAGGGAGUGGUUGGACUUAAAUGAGGUGCAUGAUUACAAGUGUGAAAAUUUAUAAGUUUUAAAGAUUACGUGAUGUACAAAUCUGAGAGUAUAAAAUAACUCCAGGUUUAAAGUAGUAAAAGAUGUUUUAUAAUAUUUACAAGAUUGUAUGAAUGCUGUUGGAGUGAUCAUACAUGUAUCUUAAAAAUUAUAUCUGUUUAGGUUCUUGAGCCAAAAAGUAAUUUAAUUCACUACAUGACAUGUUGGUUAAAUUAUCUUUUCAAAUACUAGAAAGUAAAGGAAAUAUUACUUUAAGGAACUAACUAUAUAUCAACCUUAGAAUUACACCUGUGUGUGUUUGAUAUUUAUAAUUUCACCCAAGCAGUAUACAAAUGUGUGAAUGAUCUAUAACUUCAAGUUACUACUGGGUAUUGUAUGUUUCAUAAGAUAUUGGUAGCAGUUCUGCAGUUUAAUUGUAAGGUUGAUAAAUAGUUUUGUAGUAACAAUGUUUGAAAACAAGUCAUGAAUUAACAAAUUUAUUUAUAUCAUGUAAAUUAUUGCCAUGUUAUAACUGUUUGAAAACUGGUACAUGUGUUGAGUGCUAUAAUUGUAAUCAUGACUGUUUUAAUGGCAAUACCUCAGUAAUUAGAGAAAACUAUAUGUACUGCGUGAUUGUCUCUUAUUCAAUUUCUUUCAUUUUAUGUUAUCUAUUUUUGUAUUAGAUUAAGGUUUUUUUAAACGAAUACCAGUGAAAUUGACGAAGAAAAAUAUCUGUAUAUGAAAGCUUAAUUUAAUCUUUAAAAGUGUUCAAAUGUUAAGUUAAAUUUUGAUACCUUGAUUGCAAGGUUUGUUCCUGAUUAAGGGCAGACCUUGAUUGCAAGGUUUGUUCCUGAUACAGGGCAAACUAUUCAGUACAUCUAUUGUAUUCACAUUGAUCUAGUUUUGUUUUAUUUUUACUUAGUUAUAUCUACAUUUUAGUUACAAGCAAAUAAUUAAAUAUGCUCUUGUUUGCUUGUCAAUAUUGUGUUUUGAGUGGUUCAUGAUUAUUUUUUUUUUCUCAAAAUUUAUUUAUAUCUAUUAUUGGUAUUAUUUAUUAAUAUUAUUAUUAUUAUUGCACUGUCUGAUCCUGUUAAUCAUUUUUAAUGAUUCUUAUAUGGAUCUAGGAAAAUGUUCAAUAAUUUUCAUUAUAUAUUGAUGAUAGAUUGAUAGAAUUUAAACGGUAACAAAGUUCCCUCCCUUGUCAAGUUUUUGUUAGAGAAAUGAAUUAAUUUUUGAUAAGGUGAGAAUGAUUUUUUUUAAAUUGAAAGUGUCUUAAUUUUAAUGGAAGUACAGAAAAUUAAGUAAUGAACAGUGCUUUGUUAUUGUACAACUUUGAUGUGCUAAUUUAUGGGCAGCAACUAUUGUAAAAGAUUUUGAGAGAUGUGAGAUGAUGUGGUGCUCCAACCCAAGAAAAUAGAUUUUAAGAGAUAUCAUAUAUUGAAAAUUGCUUGGUAAAUAGUAAUUACAUGCCAUGCAACAUGUAUGUACAAAAACAUAAUUUGAAUUUGGCAGAAUUCAUACGAAAAUUCUUCUACCGACUUUUCAUUAUCAGUAACAUACAUGUAUUUGUAAAGAAAAAAUAGUUCUGUUGUGAAUCUUUCAUGGAGUCCAAAAGCUCAUUUCUUGUUUUUUUUUUUAUGACUUGAAAAAUUAUUAACCAAUAUAGGGGUAAACAUUAUUUACUAAAAUACUGAAUGAAACAAAUUUCUCAUGAAACUACAAUUAAUUGAUUAAAAAUACUAAAUAUACCUCUAAAAGAUGACAAGAAUUCUGUUUUUAAAUCAAAGCAAUUUUCAUGAAUGUUUAAUAUUGUUUGAAUUGAUUUAUUGAGAAUAUAUUACUUGCUUGUUUACUGGAUUGAAUCAGUGGAUUUUGUUAAUGGUUGGAUAUGUUUGUUAUAUAUAAAUAUAUAUAUAUAUUAUACUACAGAUACGUUAUAAAUUAAAGUGUGCUUUGAAAAGUAAAUGGUUGGAGUAUUUAAUUAUGAGUGGUGUGUGUUUAUUGUGUAUGAUAAUCCAGUAAGGUACUUGGUGUUUGGAGCACCCCUACCCCCUGUUUUUUUUUGUUUUUUUUUUUGUAUUCAAGACAGAGAUAUAUUUUCCCGUUUUAUGAUGAAAAAAAAAAUGAAGCACAGUUUGUGUGCAUAAUAAUACGAGUUAUCAAUUUAAAGAAGAUUUUUUUUUUUUUAGAACUGAAGUUGUUUUGAUAAUUAAAUUCUCUCCCACUAAAAUGACUGUUGUUGAUAUAUUUUGAGGCAAGUUUCUAUGUAGUAGAUAGUUAUAUAUUUCUAUUAUAUAUAUGUUAAAUAUAUAUUAUAUCUACACGGUAUUGCCCCAUGUUUAAUUACCAGGGCUGAAAAUGAAGUUAAGUGGAGAAUAUAAAACCACACCAGACAUUUUCCUCAUUUCAUAAAAGUUUGUAACAAAUCCUAGAAAUAAAGUCUCAAAAUAUGAUAUUCAGAACAUUUAACCUAUAAAAAUUCUUGAAAUUUAGAAAUUUUAGGUACAUGAUUAAUUGGUACAGAAUGCAACAGUAAUGUUAAUUGGUUAUCUGUAUUAAAAAAAUAAACAGGCUGUACAUCAUCAGCCCUGGUAGAUGUUAACUCGUGUGUGUGUUACAUAUAUUCUCUGUGGCAAUUUUCUCUAUUUAACUUUAGCAUGCAUGAAUUCUCAUUAAUAUUAUUAUAUCUGUGUAUGUAUCUUGUUAUUUAUUGUAUAUAGUCUAUUAUUGAGGUGUAAUUGUUAGCAAGAUAUUUGAAGGUGAUGUGUGUGGUCAUUGAAUCACAAAUUUUUAUAUCUGUGGGAAUAUGGUAGAGAUCCAUAAUUUUUAAUUACAGUGUAUUUAAAGUUUUUAACAUAGUAUAUCAUAGAUUAUAUGUGGACAUAAUUAGAUGUCAGAUCACUGUCGGUUUCGAUAAGUGUACAUUCUCAUACUGAGGACUUGUGUCACCUAGAAUUAUCAUGUGAAGGAUUAAAAGGAUUUUGUGAUCAUUUAUCUAAAUUAUGUUUGUAUAUAAUACUAGUACACACCACAUAUUGGCCAUAUAGCUGCUGAUGUACAAGUUCCAUUGUACUUUUACAUGUUUUAGUAUAUAUUGUAAUAUUUAAGGGUUUGAUAGCACAUUUGAUUGACAUGUUGUUUGGAAAUUUACAUACCGCCAAAAGCCUUCAAGAAUCCAUAUUUGAUACUCUUUGUUUGGAACCCUGAUUAUUGCUGUAAUAUUGAUAAAGUGAUAAUUACUUGUUGAUUAAAUUACAUAAGUAUUGAAAAAUUACAAAAGUAUUGUAAGUGUAUGGUAAUUGCUAAUUAGAACCUAUGGUAACCACAAUACAGUUAAUAAACCAGUGAGACGUGAAACUAAAUAUUGAUGAAGUUUAUUGUUUUAAUGUUUUGAAGCAUGAUAAAUAAAAACAGCUAAACAUGUAUUUUUACAGACCCUAACUUUUAAUAGCCUAUACUCCAAACAUCAUUGUAUGUUGUUUUAUUAAAGAUGAAUGUAUUUACAUUUUAUGUGUUAUUCAUGCAAUUUUUUAUAUUUUCACUGAAUCCACAUAUUACCUCUUUAAUUUUUUUAAAAGGAAAAAAAAAGACUUAAUUUUUUUUUUUUUGUCUUUGUUUGCAUCAUUUUUUUCGUAUUUAGAUUAUUUAUUAGGAUGUGAGUUAUGAAAGAUGAUUUUGAAUGAUCAGAAAAUGGAAUUAUUUAAGAAGAAUAUAUUAUUGGUUGUUAUAUCAUGACUGACUGUUCUUUAUAUUAUCUCCAUAUUUCUAUGUAAGAAUGAUAUUUUACAUGUACAUAUUCUUUAACAAACAAAAAAAGCUUAAUGGAGAGCCAAGUAUGAUCAUUGAUUUUUAAAAAAGUAGAUUUUUAUACUAAAACAAAAAGCACGUAAAGUGAACUUUAUUUUCUUAUUGAAUAUUAUGUGAGACCUGUCUGUGUUUGCUAAUUCAUUGUUAAUCAUAGCAUUGAUCUCCCUAACAAAAAUAUUCUAUAGGUAAAAGCAAAGUUUAUUAAAUGAAAAUGGAGAAGGGUUUCUAAAAUUCAUCCAAUUCAAUUCCACAAUAGUUAUAAAACCUGGUAUAAUACAGUUUAAUAUUGUAUUUUAAUUUAAUUGAUUGUUCAGAUAACAUUAAAUGUGAAUUGGUUAUUGUCUUUAUAAAAGUCUCUCAUAUAUUUCACAGAUGUCAUAACAUCUUAAGCAAUUUUAUACAGUUAUCACUAAAAUUGCAAGAGCUUGGUUAAGUGUUUGAAGGAUUGGUCUUAUUGAAUAUUGCAUUUUUCAAAGAGAAAUUGGUUUCUGUAAGAUAGGUCUCAGAGUCAGAAUAAAGAAUUUGGGAUUACAGGCAAAAGUGGAAAGCAUCCUUCAUAUCAUUGGUUUGAAAGUUUGUGGCUUUAUAUUUAUUUUAGAGCUGGACAACCAUUUAUUUAUAAAAUACAAAACUAUUAGCAUUCUAUACCCAAAAUGUGCAAAAUAUUUACCAGUAACAAGUAUUUCUUUGAUGUGAUAUAUCUUCAGAUCAUAUAAAACAAACUGGACAUUAGUUCAUAAAAAUAUUCAGAUCAUAAAAAACAGAUUAGAAUAUUAGUUUAUAACAAAUCUUAAGAUUAAAUAAAACAGAUCAGAAUAUUAGGUUGUAGGAAAUUGGUAACUCUUUUAAUAUUGUUUUGACAAGUUCAUGGUUAUACUAAAUAAACACUUCUUUUGCGACUAUUACUUAACAAAAGGGAUCAGCAUUGAUGAUAACAUUUCCUGGAAUGUAUCUGAAGUCUCAGAGGGCAAGAAAUAAUUUGCUGAGUUCUGAUGUUUUUGAAAACACCUACACAUUAGAAAGUAAAUUGUUAUUUAAUUAUAUGCCGAUGGUAUCUGUCAUUUGAAAUUCGCUGGAUGUAACAUGAAUUUUAGUUAAUGUGUUUGAGGAUUGAUGUAUUCGAAAACCAUACUUUGUUUUAUAAUUAAGGGUUGUUCAGCUUUAAGAAGGAUUGUGUGUGUAUUUUUAUUAUUUAUUAUUAUCUAUUAGAUUUUUAUGCUCUUAACCUCAGUAGUUUUGUCUUCCUGCAGUCCAAGCUGCCAGUAUCCUGUCAUUUGUUUUACCAUACAAACACUAAGUAGUUUAUUAGUUUAUAUAGUAGGUCAAUUGGUGUUAUAUAUAUCAGUAGUAAUCCAUGAUAGGAUCAUCUUAAUAUUACAUUAAUCUUCUGUUGUCAUCUGUAACCAUGGAAACACAUUCUUACACCCCCAUUUAACAUGUGACUUUGAUUUAGGAAAAUAAAUCUCUGUUGAAAACUGAACAUAUAAUAUUUAUUUUUAUUGAUAAAAUUAAGAUAAUGGGAUGGACAGUAAAAUUCUACAGCUAACUUUUGACUUGAGCCAACUUGAUAUAAAAACUUAGACAUACAUAACAGUUAAAAAAGAAAUUGUGUUUAUUAAUAAUUAAAGGGUUGAUAAAUCAUUUAGCUCUAUAGGAAUCUCUUACAAACUACAAUAUUAUGAAAGUUUAAUCUCGAAUAGGAAUAUCAGUCCGAAAAAUGGUUUAAUUCCGUUAAGUAUUUACAAAGUUUUAACAUGAAAUUUUAUCGAUGCACUUGAAUACAUGGUGGGAGACUAUCUAGCAUUGGUAUUUUGAUUUUGUUUUCUUAAUUAAAUGUUAAAUAAUCAAUCUAAGCAAAUAUUUAGCAUGUAUUAGGCUGUGAGAAAUUUGAUAUUUUAAAGAAAAUGGAAAUUAGCGGCACGCAUCAAGCCUUGAAAUUGUAAGUGGAAUUUAUGCGCUGGACUAUUGAAAAAUUUGAUUAUGGUACCGUUAAUAUAAAAUGUAAAAAUGUGUUUUCCUGGUUUAAGAAUGUUUGUGUUCUGAGUUAACUCGCUUGACUUUAUUUUAAUAUGUUGUUAUAAACCCAGUGCCUGGUAUGUUGUUAAUUAAUAACUUGUUGGUAAACCACAAUCUAAUAUAUAUUUACUAUAUCUAAACUAAAGGUGCAUUUUUAUCAUUUUCUGUGUUAAAUGUUUUAUUUACAUAGUUUUAAAAAAAAGUUUAUUUAGAAGGGGCUUAUUUUAUAUACUUGACACUCAGAUCUGGAUUCAUUCUGAAGCAUAUAUAUAUAUAUAUAUAGUUAACUUUUGAAAUGUCUGUCUUAUUCUGGUCUUAGAGAAAUGCUACAUGGUGAUAAUUUGAUUCAAGGAAGUUGAUGUGUAUUGAUAAAAUCUUUUUGUAAGAAAAUUAAGAAUUUUCAAAACUGGACCAGAACACAAACCUGGGCUUUUGAAAAAGGAGUCUUUCACUUGUGACAGUCAUCAUACACAAAGUAGUGUAUUCCUAUGUUUUAUAGAAAACCAGUACUGCUAAAAUGUUAAGAUAGCGUAAAGUUUGGUUGUAAUUUUGUUUUGGAAUUAUACACCAUUUAAAAGCCAAAAGCACCCAUAGAGUGAAGGAUGAAUAAUUAAGAGCAUAUAUUUAGUUGUGGUCAUCUUAAUUUAGCCUUCUUAUAUAACUUGCCAGUAACACUCAUUUAUAUAUCUAAUAAUGAAAGUGGUUAGCUAUAGUGUGUCAGAGGACGAUGGGACUAGGGAGUUGUGGAAGAUGAGUUGCAGAUGUGCUUCUUUGGUUUGUCUCAUUUUUGAUUGAAAUCAUGGUUAAUUUGAGGCCGAUCCAUUCCUUUUAUGGGAAGUUGCUCAAAAACAGUUUAUCCGUCAAUAUAGUUAUCAUCUACCCAUUUCUCUUUUCUAAAUCUGAACUAUAUGAAUACUAGUGGUUCCAAGUUAACAAGUCUAAUAAUGUUUGGUGUGAUUUCAUGUACAUGUUAUUGUUGUAUCUCAAAAAAAGAUUCAUUAUAAUUUAUCAUUUUACAGAUUUUAACAAGACAUUGAGAAAAAUUGGAUGUGUAUAGUGGAAUAUUUGAGUUGAAUUUGUGCAUCUACUUAUGUGUGAAUUACUUGAGUUAUACUGUGAUUUUAUUAAAGUUAAAUUCAGUUCUUUACAGUGUAAAGUUUAUGCAGGGUAAUAGCAGUGUGAGUGAUUUGCAUACUAAACAGUUUCUAUGCAAAUGAAAUUGCAAGAAUCAUAUUAGCUGACAAAAGUUGUUUUUGCAUGUGUGUAACACCCAAAAUAAAUUUGAAAAUAAAUUGUGCCACUGAGUUUUGCGAAUUGAGUUAUAUGGAUCCAGACAUCCAUCAUAAUGGAAUCUCUACUUACAGGGUUGUCUAAAAGUAUUCUACUAUAUUGGAAAUUCUUCAGAAUUCUUAAUCAUAUGUUUACUAACCUAAAAGUACCCCAUAUACUAAUAAUUUAGAUGUAAGAGUUCAUCACAAGAUAGUAGGGUACUUUUCAACUACCCUGUUGAUAUAUUUGUUACAAGAGAGCCUAUUAGAGAUUCGUAUAUUUCAAAACUUAAGUUAUAUCUUUAUUUAUAUAUUUGAAGAGAGGGUAGGACUUACUUCAUAUUGUUAUUAUUACAAUAUUAUUUUCAACACUGUUAGUAUGGAUUAUUUCACAAGCCCACUGCAACCUGGAUAAUUUUGUCUUUUUCUUCCUUUAUAACCUUGAUUUAAUUUAUGUUAAAUGAAAGUCUUGAAGGGUGGGCAAGGAAUUAUUAUCCACGGUAACCAAAGUUUUGUGAAUUAUUAUGUAAGAUAUUAAUUACAAUAGAUCUGUAAACAGAAAUGAUCUAAAGUAAGGCACCUUUCUCAGGAAGUUUGACUUGUUAUAUAUUUUUGAUAUACUGUUAAAAGAGUACGUGUGGGGUAGAAACAAUCCAAGUUUCUAAUUAUGGUUCUUGAAUAUAUCUUGAUAGGUGAAAUCGUGUUAAUGACUAGAUAUGUUAUCAGUUAUUUGUCUUCUGAAUAUUUCAUUAAAACAUAAGAUCCAACUGAGCUGUUGAAAUUAACAACUGAGUGAUUGAAAUUAACAACUGAGGAUAUGCUGAGCAUUGGUUAAAACGUAUUCAUAGUUAAAACUGAUUUGGAUUAAUUACUGGUAAAACUAAAUUGUUAUCAAAUCAAAUUCACUGCAUUAGUUGAUCAAGUGAACUGAAAAUGUGCCAUAUAGAAUUUGUUUUUAUUUGGACAGUUGAUUAAUUCUUUUCAUUAACACGACAACACUUUAACGUGCAGUGUACAUGAAAUCCAAACUGUGUGUCUGUCUGCCUGUCUAUCUGUUUGCUAUUCUGGUGUUUUGUGUGUAGAAUUUUCUGACAUACUUGGCAGCAGUUAUACUACUUAACCUAAUAAACUUUGCUUUACAAAA